AUGCCUCUCGGGGAUUCGAUCACAGGCAAUCCAGGUUGUUGGAGAGCAUUGUUGUGGAAGAAGCUUCAAGACAACAAUAUCAAGAACACCGACUUUGUUGGGACACAGAAGCCGCAGGGUUGCGGGUUCGACUAUGAUGGAGAGAAUGAGGGUCACGGUGGGAUGCUGGCUGCAGACAUUGCCAGUCAGAACUUGCUUGAUGGAUGGUUGAAAGAAACAAAACCAGACAUUGUCAUGAUGCACCUGGGCACGAAUGAUGCGUGGAGCAACAGGAGGCCGGAGGACACUAUCCAGGCAUUUGACAAGUUGGUGGAUCAGAUGAGAUCGAGCAAAGACACGAUGAAGAUACUGGUUGCUCAGAUAAUUCCAUUAAACCCUGAUGGUUGUCCGGAGUGUGGACGAAGAGUUGAGACUCUGAACAACGCUGUCGUGGAAUGGGCACCGACGAAAUCCAACGACAAAAGUCCUAUUACGGUAGUUGACUGUCAUAAAGAUUUUGAUGUCAAAGCAAUGACACGAGAUGGAGUUCAUCCGAAUGAUAAAGGGGAUGAGCGGCUGGCUAAUGCUUGGUACGAGCCUCUCGCAAAGGCUAUCAAAGGCUAA